CGCAUAUCGCUCAUCUCAAUUACCACACAUCGCUCUCUAUUGUCCAUCUUUAGUAGCCCAACACAACUUUGCAAACGAAAAGGCUACCUCACAGCGACAAACAACAACAGCUAUAACAUGGGCGCAAAGCAAUCGCGUGAUCCACGUUCCGUUUCAAUGGAAAAUCCAACUCCUGCCGGCGUCCUCGAUAUAUCCGACGAUGUGGUGAAACGCCUGAAGCAGGGUAUAUCACAACAGGCGCGUGAAAAUGUUGCCGUUGCAGAGGUGCCAAAGCCGGUACCCAAACCACAGGAAACCCCCAAGAAAGCGGCCGUCAAAGAGGCAGCCCCGGCACCCCCAGCAGUUGUCUACCAGAACCCAACGCCCAUCUAUGUGCAGGGCGGUGGACACACGAUCAGCGCAGCUGAUGUGCAGCGCCAGAUGAACCAAGAGCUAGUCAAGAACGAUGAGCUGUGGAAACAGCGUAUGACCAAGCUGGAAGAGAACUUGAAGAAGACCAACACCAUUAUGGAGUCUGAGUAUGCGAACGCCGUCGAGGGUGUGCACAAGCGUUUUGUGAGCACAGCAUCGGCGCACAAGACACCACCAUGCGGAGACAUCAAGAGCCAGCUACUCGCCUGCUAUCGUGCACAUCCCGGCGAAACGCUUAAGUGUAUUGAGGAAGUCAACCAGUUCAGGCAAUGCGUCGAUGUGCAUCGUAUAAAGAAACUGGAUACCGAAGCCCAAGCAACCAAAGCGCCAGCUGCUGCUGCUGCCAGCAAAGCUGUUAAAGCUGGAUAAGAACCUGUUGAACGUUUCAAAUUGUUUCUUUCUUAUUUGGUUGUCCUAACUUAAACGCAUACCCCAAAAAGCCUUCAGAGAUAUGUUUAAACGAGAAGAAAAGCGAUAUUAAACGCGAGUGUCAUUGUGAACCAUAGUAAAAUAA